GAUGGCGUCCUCUAACAAUCCUCGCAAAUUUAGCGAAAAAAUCGCUUUGCAUAAUCAGAAACAGGCGGAGGAGACUGCGGCGUUUGAAGAAGUGAUGAAAGACUUGAACAUCACCAGAGCUGCACGGUUGCAGUUACAGAAGACCCAGUAUUUGCAACUAGGGCAGAAUCGUGGACAGUACUAUGGAGGCUCACUGCCCAAUGUCAAUCAGAUUGGAAAUGGCAACAUUGACCUGCCUUUUCAGAACUCGGUGCUUGAUACCAGCCGGACAACUAGGCACCAUGGUUUGGUGGAGCGUGUGUACCGUGACAGGAACCGCAUCACGUCUCCUCACCGCCGGCCGCUGUCAGUGGACAAACAUGGACGGCAGAUCGACAGCUGUCCUUACAGCUCGGUUUACCUCUCCCCACCGCCAGACACCAGCUGGAGAAGGACAAAUUCGGACUCUGCCUUACACCAGAGCGCCAUGAAUCCAAAGCCCCAGGAGGUGUUUGCAGGGGGAUCACAGGAGCUGCAGCCUAAACGAGUACUGCUGCUAACAGUGCCUGGGACGGAGAAUUCAGAUUCAAAUGCAGACAAGGAUGCGCAGGAACAGUUGUGGGAUGACAAGAAGGAUGAUUCAUCAAAGCCCAACACAUGUGAUGUCCCGGGAAUCAAUAUAUUCCCAUCACCAGACCAGGAGUUGAACCCAUCCGUGCUCCCAGCUGCACACAACACUGGUGGUUCACUUCCUGAUCUGACCAACAUCCAGUUCCCCCCUCCGCUGUCCACCCCGCUGGACCCGGAGGACACUGUGGCCUUCCCCUCCCUCAGCACGUCCAACAGCACGGGCAGCCUGACCACCAACCUCACCCACCUGGGCAUCAGUGCUGCCAGCCAUGGGAUCCCCACUUCCUCUCAGCCCACCAUGACUGUAACGGCACAGCGCCGGCAACCGCCCGUGGUGCCGCUCACUCUCACCUCUGACCUUCAUCUCCAACAGUCCCCACAGCAGCUUUCACCCACCCUCUCCUCACCUGUUAACAUCACACAGGCCGUGCCAACAGAGCCGCUGACCCUGGAGCAGCAGCUCGCCCAGUACCCCCUGUUCAACCAGCUGACAGCGCAGGCCCAGGCUCAGCUGCUCAGUGACCUCCAGAAGCAGCAGCAGGCCCUGUCACAGGGCAUCCAGCUCAUCACCUUGCCAACUCUGGCCUCCCCUGGUACAGCCACUGCCAGCAGCCCCUCCCCAGACAGCCAGAGCCAGACCACCGCCAGCAUCAGUGUCAGCUCGUACCGCAAUCAGACUGGCUCACCAGCCACUCAGUCUCCAACCUCCCCAGUCUCCAAUCAAGGCUUCUCCCCCGGCGGCUCGCCUCAACACAUUCCUGUGGUGGGCAGCAUAUUUGGCGACUCCUUCUACGAUCAGCAGUUGGCUUUGAGGCAGACCAAUGCCCUCUCUCACCAGCUGGAGCAGUUCAACAUGAUCGAGAACCCCAUCAGCUCCACCAGCCUUUACAACCAGUGCUCCACCCUCAACUACACACAAGCAGCCAUGAUGGGCCUCACCGGGAGCAGCCUACAGGACUCGCAGCAACUCGGCUACAGUAACCACGGCAACAUCCCAAACAUCAUCCUAACAGUCACAGGGGAGUCUCCGCCGAGCCUCUCCAAAGAGCUGACCAACUCUCUGGCGGGUGUUGGUGACGUCAGCUUCGAUGCAGACUCUCAGUUUCCUCUGGACGAGCUGAAGAUCGACCCGCUCACCCUGGAUGGACUGCACAUGCUCAAUGACCCCGACAUGGUGCUGGCAGACCCCGCCACAGAGGACACGUUCAGGAUGGACAGGCUGUAACGCAAGAAGCUGACUAUGGCCAAGAACAAGAAGAAAAAAAACACACUAACUUGUGAAUGGAGCGAAACAAAGGGCGGGAUGAACCCUCUCCCUCGUUGCAUGGCCGUCCAGCUGUCCGACCUCGCCCUCGACUCCGUGAAGCCCUUUGAAACGAUGCGCCACCAAAAGACAACAGGGAAAAAGACAUCCAGUGGCUUGCCGGGGAAUGGCCUCGCUAUCGUUUUGAAUGAGAUUGGUCGCUCAGCGCUUUCGCUAGCCUGCUGUGUUUACAGUGUACCAUUACAUGCCACAUAUAUUCCAAAAAA